AUUUGAUAAAAUCCAACUGAGGGCUUUGAUAUUGUGCGAAUCUUUACUUUGUUUAGGCUAAAAGGCAGUGUUUAUCAACAUCCUCGUGCUACAAAAUAUAACCGGCGAGAAAGUGUAUCGUUUCUCUCCUUACUCAAGAAGUGCUGCAUUUCUAAAAAUUCAAGUGUCUUAUAUAUCGACUGGAUUAGUGGUUAUUUUCCCUGAGUUUUUAGGAAACUGAAAUGAACAGAGCGUAAACAUGUGAUAGGAAAUGCAUGAUCGGGAAACAAAAUUGGGAACCCAUCAAACGGGAAACUUUUUGACCAGAAUGUCGAUAGGCGGCAUGGACAUAAAUCCAAACCUUACUGAAAGAGAUGAUACGAAAGAAGUGACGGAUGAGGAGACUCUUUUGAAUUACAAAAACGACGAAAAUGCUGUGCUUUUGUUACCAGUGAUAUGUUUUGUUUUCCUGUUAAUAAUUGUUGGAGGAAUCGGAAACAGCAUUGUGUUUUAUGUUUACAAAUCUAAAAGUAAAUCAACAACGAAGGGAGUUUUUAUUUCCGUGUUGGCCGUAUUCGAUCUCAUGAAUUGUUUAAUUGUGAUGCCUUUUGAAAUUUACGACCUCAGAAAUCAAUACAGAUUCACAUCUGGGGAUUUCUGUAAGACUAUGAGAUUUGUUGAGUUUUCAAUUGUUCUUGCUGCCGGGUUUACCCUUGUAGCUGUGGCUAUAGACAGGUACAUGAACCUUUGUGUCAGAAGUUCCCGAAUUUUAUUCACUCCCAGCCGUGCUAAGAGAGCUUGCUGCAUUUGUGUAGGACUAAGCAUCCUCUUUUCUUGGCCCAUAGUGAUGUUUGCGGGACUCGAACCUUCACCCGUGCGGGGAGUCAAUGUAACAAUCAAUGGGUUUGAAUGUUCAAGUUUUAGUGAUGAAUCAAUCAAUGCUCGUAUAUAUCUUUAUAUACUUAACAUCGUGUUUAUACUCUCCCUUGUGUUAAUGAUAAUUUUAUACUCUCUGAUAGGAAUGAAGUUGUAUCGUAGGAGGAGAGGAUCUUUUCACGAUGGAUUAAUUUUCAUGAAGGACACUUCCGAAUCUCAAAAAUUCCAGGACAACCAUUCGGACAUGAACAUUGAGCGUUGUGGAUAUGCCAUUGGGAAAAGAGGUAUUCGAAUGAAAGGCUCGACUCUCAUAUUCUACUCGGUGACAAUCGUAUUUAUUAUUGGUUUUCUCCCUCAUCUGAUAACGAGGGUGCUGAAAAUUACCCAUACUGCCUUCCUAGAGGUCAACAAAGGAAACUCUACAGAGGUGGCGUAUAAUUUUCUGAUAAGGUCUUAUAUGAUCAAUUCUGCAGCUAACCCGUUUAUUUACAGUAUUAUCCAUGAACGAUUUAGACAGGAAAUUGUCCGAACCUGCCGGAAGUGUGUGAGAUUAUUCAGAAGCAAUUGAAAGCUUUAAGACUUCAAUCAGGUUGUCUGAGGCUAUUCUAUUUGAAGGUUCUGGUUAAAAUGUGAUAAAAUUUGUGUUUAAAUGAGGACUUUUCCUGAGAUGUGAGAUUAAAGUUAUAUUAUACUCUUUUUAAGUAAAUUUAUAAUAUUAGAUAUUUUGCGAUACGUUCAAUAAAAAUGUUAGAAAAAAUAUUAGUACACGACCAUAUAUCAAAUCGUAA